AUGGACACCAACCAAACACCGGCAGUUUCACAAGCCGCAUUCACCGAGUCUGAUAGAGGAGAAUGGCUGGGCGCAAUGGCCGAACACGCAAAAUACGAGGCCUUUCGUAACAGAAUACGCGAUUUCCUCUUAAAUCUGGACACCAUGAGAGAAUCUCUGCAAAUCAACUCCCGAAUUGCUGGCCCUGAUACCGAGCUCGGUAAAGCUAUGGUGGCAUUGAGUGAUGAGAUGUUUGACAAGACGAGAAAGAUGGACAAGGGUGUCACAGUUCUCAACAAGAUAUAUACAGAAGUUGAUCUUAGAAAACCUCUUAUCGAGGCGCAUCUCAAACUUGGGGCUGGUUCUGCUGUUGGGACUUUUGCGGAGACACAAGUAGCGUUGGACCAUCUGAAGCAGUUCGGGAUAGGGAAUACCUUGCUGAAACGGAUGUGGGAUAGCCUGUUGGCUUGCUCGAGACGAGGGCACUUGUACUUACGCAUGGCAAGGAGUCAAGUUCCUUGA